GCCAUGCAGUCUAAGCACUUUGGUUCCCAGAACCCAAGUUGUAAGAUUAUGACCUUCCACCCAACCACGGAAGAAUUUGAAGAUUUCAACAAGUAUAUUGUUUACAUGGAAUCGCGAGGGGCACACCGAGCUGGCCUAGCCAAGGUAAUUCCACCCAAAGGAUGGAAAGCCAGACAGACCUACGAUGAUAUCGAUGACAUCUUAAUAGCUGCUCCCCUCCAGCAGGUAGUCACUGGGAAGGCAGGUGUGUUUACUCAAUACCACACAAAGAAGAAAGCCAUGACCCUGAGAGAGUAUCGCCGCUUAACCAACAGUGAAAAACACCAGACUCCGUUCUACUCUGAUUUUGAGGAUCUGGAGAGAAAAUAUUGGAAAACGCGCCUCUAUGAUUCACCAAUAUAUGGCGCGGACGUCAGUGGCUCCUUAUUUGACGAAAACACGAAGCAGUGGAACCUUGGACACCUGGGAACCAUUCAGGACCUGCUGGAGCAGGAGUGCGGAGUGGUCAUCGAGGGCGUCAACACCCCCUACCUGUACUUCGGCAUGUGGAAGACCGCCUUCGCCUGGCACACGGAGGACAUGGACCUUUACAGCAUCAACUUCCUGCACUUCGGGGAGCCCAAGACUUGGUACGCGGUGCCCCCGGAGCACGGCCGGCGCCUGGAACGCCUGGCCAGGGAGCUUUUCCCGGGCAGCUCGCGGGGCUGUGAGGCCUUCCUGCGGCACAAGGUGGCUCUCAUCUCGCCCACGGUCCUCAAGGACAACGGCAUCCCCUUCGGUCGGGUCACGCAGGAGGCUGGAGAGUUCAUGGUGACGUUUCCCUAUGGCUACCACUCUGGCUUCAACCAUGGCUUCAACUGCGCCGAAGCCAUCAAUUUCGCCACCCCGCGCUGGAUCGAUUAUGGCAAAGUGGCCUCGCAGUGCAGCUGUGGGGAGGCCCGGGUCGCCUUCUCCAUGGACGCCUUCGUGCGCAUCCUGCAACCCGAGCGCUAUGAGCUGUGGAAACGCGGGCAGGACCGGGCGGUGGUGGACCACACGAAGCCCACGGCGCCUGGCGGCCAGGGGCUGAGCGCCUGGAGGGAGGUGCGUGCGCCUGCAGGAGCUGCGCUUGGCCCGAGGCACCCGCAGUCCUGCAGGGCCCCGCGCCGUGGUCGGCCUGUGGCUGCGAGCGGUGGGACCCGCCACGGAGCCCCUGUGCAUCCUGUGUCCCAGCAUCUCUCGCCAGCCCGGGGUUCUUCCUCUGUCGUGCAGUUCCGGGCCAUGGCCACUCCAAGCUCCCCGGUGCCCGGCCUGACCCCGCUGCAGACCCCAGGUCCAUCUGCGGCGCAUCUCCACCCAACUAGCCGAUAUGGUUCUAGUAGUCGUCGUCCUCGGGAAGAGGGGACUCAGGGGCCGACUCUCCGGACACAGACUAAGAGGCGCCUCUCCUUAGACACAGCUCACACAUCUCUGGACCUCGAAGUUCAGCUUCCCUCUUUUGCUGGUGAACCCUUGAUGGACAGCCCUGCACUCCUGAGCCGGUGUCUCCAGCAUCCUGCUAAGGCUUCCGGGUGCUACUGUGCCCCUGAUCUUCAACCCUUAGGACCCCCAUUGGAUCCUGAAAAUCCGAUGCACCCUGGCCCGUGCCUGCUAUCUCUGGAGGGUAUUACAGCCAGUUUCCUUGACAGUGUCCCGCUGAUUCCUCCCUAUGUCAUUGGGCCUCUGAGAGUGUUCCCCAGGGAUGGUGCUGGCAACUGCAGGGCCCUCAUGAACUUCUGUGAGGUUGUAAGUCUGGACCACUCUUAUUCCUCUAAGGGUCUUGUCCCAGCUGCUGAGACCAGAGUCCUCUGCACCCUUGACUGUGAUCCCCUGGGGCUAAAGGUAGAGGCAGCUGCAUCUCUUGAGUCCUGGGAGGUGUUCCCCACUAACGGAUGGUCUUCAAUCUCUGAGCCCAUGACUACUGAACAAUUUGCCAAAUGUGACUUUAUCUGA